GAGACUGGCGAGAGUCUGCGAGGCGGGAGCCAGACCAGGCCCGGCCGCCGCGGCGGUCCUUGAAGAGACCCAGCGUUGAGUGGUCUUCGUGCAGUCUGUGCACGCCAAUAUUUUGUCAGUGACAUUUUCCAGCUAUGUGAAGAUCCCUUUUAAGAAAAUUUAGCGCGUUGUGAUGGAGAAGUAUGAAAAAAUUGGGAAAAUUGGCGAAGGAUCCUACGGAGUUGUUUUCAAAUGCAGAAACAGGGACACGGGGCAGAUGGUGGCCAUCAAGAGGUUUCUGGAGUCAGAAGAUGACCCUGUCAUCAAGAAAAUUGCACUACGAGAAAUUCGCAUGCUCAAGCAACUCAAGCAUCCCAACCUGGUCAACCUUAUCGAAGUCUUCAGGAGGAAGCGGAAGCUUCACCUGGUAUUUGAGUAUUGUGACCACACGGUUCUUCAUGAGCUGGACAGAUACCAAAGAGGGGUACCAGAACAUCUUGUGAAGAGCAUAACUUGGCAAACGCUGCAAGCUGUAAAUUUUUGCCAUAAACACAACUGCAUACAUAGAGAUGUGAAGCCAGAAAAUAUCCUCAUCACAAAACAUUCAGUGAUUAAGCUUUGUGACUUUGGAUUUGCUCGGCUUUUGACUGGCCCAAGUGACUACUACACAGACUACGUGGCUACCAGGUGGUACCGCUCCCCAGAGCUUUUGGUUGGGGACACGCAGUAUGGCCCUCCGGUAGAUGUUUGGGCAAUUGGCUGUGUCUUUGCUGAGCUGCUCUCAGGGUUGCCUUUGUGGCCAGGAAAAUCAGACGUGGAUCAACUCUAUCUGAUUAGGAAAACUUUGGGAGACCUCAUUCCUAGGCACCAGCAAGUAUUUAGCACAAAUCAGUACUUCAAUGGGGUGAAAAUUCCAGACCCUGAAGAUAUGGAACCACUGGAAUUAAAAUUUCCAAACAUCUCUUUUCCUGCCUUGGGACUCCUAAAGGGCUGUCUCCACAUGAAUCCUGCUGAGAGACUGACUUGUGAACAGUUGUUGCAGCACCCAUACUUUGACACCAUCAGAGAAAUUGGGGAUUUGGCAAAAGAGCAUGACAAGCCAACAAGGAAGACCCUGAGACCAAGCCGAAAGCAGCUACCUGGGCUGCAGUAUCUACCUCAGCUGGCCAGCAGCAGCAUCCUUCCAGCUUUGGACACCAAGAAGUACUACGGUAAUACCAAGAAACUUCACUAUCGUUUUCCAAACAUUUAAGGAUCUUAGAGACUAAUGAUAAGAAAGGGAAAUGAUCAAUAAUUUGAAGAAAAUAAAACAUAUAUAGUUGUUUGAAAACAACAAUGUUGAAAACCAUCAGGAGAAAACAUUAAGUAACUAACUCACUGGGAGGCCCCUUGGCAAGAUGUGAAGGGAAAUUCCAGAUGCAGUCUUCCUGCUUGAUGGUGGUGUACAGACAGAGUGAAAACUUACUUGGAUUUUCAUUUAUAUUUUUGUUGUAUCUAAGUGACUUAGCUUAUGGACUAAAUAUUAAUUGUAUCUCCUGCCCAUAACUCUGGCAAAAUUAGAGAAGUAACAAAAGAUGAAUACUUCAAUUUUACUAUACGCAACAAGUGAAAAAUGGAUUACAGAAUGCCCACAUGUAUUUCCAUAGACACUUGCCCUGAGUCCUAUCUCCUGUUUUUCAUAUUGUCUCAACAUCCUAUUUAAGGCGUUUCCAUUCUUAAAAUCAAAAUGUUUAAAAUUCCAUUUCAUGCUUUUCUCUU